CCAAAUUAAACGCGGUCAGAAUGUAUCUAUUGAUAACUGAUUACACCUGGUCGGAAACACAAGAUGACUUUUUAAUUGUAGUCCCACUAAAAGGUUUCCAGGGAAGCAAAAGUGAUACAAUGAUUACAAAAAGCUACCUAAAACUUGUCAUCAAACCAUACUUGUUCGAGUGCAUUUUGACGCAACCUAUCAUUGUCGAGGAAUCCCGAGUGGACAUUUCAGGAGGCUGUGCCCACUUCACGCUUCGGAAGGCCCAGCCUGGCAUUGUGGGCGAAUUAAUGUCUGAUAAAACGAGUAAGUUUGUUUUAAACCCGAUUGCACUCAGUACAGAGGACAAGUCUGAGCUGCUGAAAUUUAGACAGGAAGCUGUAAUUGAACACCAAGAACGGGAACAAUCGAGGAUUAAAGCGAAGAAAACGCAAGUCCGAGAGGGAGAAAAACGUGCACUUUCUGAGGUUAUGCAGUUUGAAGCAAGUGAAAGGGAACGUAUUGACAAGGCAAAGAAAGAAGCAGGUCAGGAAGCUUUAGCAGAAUUAGCGCUGCUGAAUAAGCAGCGGGAAGAUCAGAAUACAAUAAUGGAACAAAAGCGAAAGGAGGCGUGUCAGCUGGCAAAGUCCAUGGCAGAAGAAAAAGGAUUGAGGAAUGACGACACUUUCGCUGAAAACAGUGUUUCUCAUUCACUGUUUGAAGACAGAAAACCGAUAGUGGAGUUACCCGUCAGGACUUCGACCACAAUUCCGGUGACGUUCACUCCUCGAGUUUUCCCCACCCCCGAACGGGAAUCGCGCAAACAAGAAGAAGAAGAGUGGCUGAAUAAACAAGCAGAACAUCGCAAGGCAAUGAUGAAGAGGGUGUUGCCUUCAGCUGAUUUGUCGGAAAAGGAAAGAGAUCCAUCAUGGUUGAAAAGCAAAGGCGACUCAUUAUUCCGCGCCGGAGACUACGAAGCCGCGGUGGAGGCAUUCACAAAGGCGAUUGAGCUGAACCCCGCUAUGCAUUCAGCCUACUCAAAUCGUGCGGCUUGCCAUCUGCAACUACGAAACUUAUUCAAGGCAUUGGAAGAUACGUCAACGGUACUCAAACUCUGUGUUCCCGAAGUACCACAAAAUUUGCGCUCUCGGUUGAUUGCACAUGUGCGUAGGGGAGCUGCAUUUUGCCAAUUGAAAAUGUAUGAAGAAGCUCUGGUGGAAUACACUGCGGCGCAUAAGCUAGAUCCAAAGGAUGAAACAAUUGUCAAGGAUUUGGCUAGCAUUCAAGAAGCUCUGACCUGCAGGACAGCUGAGAAGUCGUAGACUUGUGACGAAAAGACUGAACCCUCAGCCUCCUUGUCCACGAAUCCAGAAAUGAUGUAAAAUAAUGUGAUUUCCUGUGUUGUUUUGUCGUAUUCAACCAUUGAAUCCCAAUCGAAAUUUGCCGCCUACAUUCGUGCUUAGCUUCCCCUGUGAAGAGGA